ACCACGAUCGAAUCAUCCUGUAUACCGGGACUACGAUUACAUCGAAAACAUCAAGAAUCUCGCAAAUCCCAGCCCUUCUAACGUCGUCUAAAGUCGUCGAAAAAUCCGAUUCUGGUUGCAGCCUGUAACGCUUUCGGAAGAUGUGCAGGAAAUUCGCCGUCAUGUUGCUGACCGCGACCAUCCUAUUCCGUGUCGCUUGCGAAUUGUUCGAACCGAAUUACUCGGACAACUAUUCCAACUUAUAUCCUUUUGUAGAAAAGUGGGCCAUGACCAGUUACACGAAAGUGUUGACCGUGGUAUUCGAUGAUUACGAGUACCAUCGUGCGUUUGAUGUUCCUCGUGGUAUUCUAGUCAGCUUAAACGUCUCCACCAAACUAGUCAGCCUAAAACAUGUAAUGUCUUUGAAGUACAAGAACAUGAGACGCGAUUAUCAGACCAUAGAUACAGAAAGUUGCGUGUUGCUGUUGUUCUCGAACGUGGAUCAUCUCAGGGAUAUCCUUAGUUCUCCGCAUUUGAUGUCGUUCUGGCAUCCAGAAAAUUUCUAUAUUCUUCAAGAACAGGGUCUACAAUUCUCCGAUUCGUCGGUAUACGAGAGAUUCUGCAAGUGGGCGUUCGAGAGGCUUUGGAGAUUUAGAAGGGUUUAUAAGCUGCUUUUGUUCGCCGCUGACAAAGUGAUUCGAUACGACCCUUUCGAUUACGCUGCUCGUCAAACUGGGUAUAGCGUUAACACCAGCUGCGAUUGGAACUGUGUUAAAUCGAACAGGGACGGUUUUCUGUUGAUCAGCGGACCAAAUACCACCGAUAUAUCAGAUUUUUUCAUCAAGGAUAGAAGAGACUUUAAAUUAUCCCCGUUAAAAAUCUCCAUCUUCGAAACGAGCACGAUAUCUUUCCAGAACGGCCAAUUUUCUGGAUUAGACUUCAAAUAUCUCGAAGAAGUUUGUAAAAUGAUGAACGUGACGUUCGUUCUAAUUAGAUCGAAAGAUAGAUUCGGCUGGGAAGAGAACGGAGUAUUUUUUGGGACUAUUGGACACUUGGUCUAUAAGUUUGCAGACGUAUCGUUCAAUCAUUUUUUCAUUAAAGACUAUUUCACCAGGGAGCUGGAGUUUACGACGCCGAUUACCAGCGACAAAUUAUGCGUGCUUGUUCCUAAAGCACCACCAAUCCCUGAUUAUCUUGUGAUCGUCAAGAUCUUCACCGGAGGAGCCUGGUUGUUAGUGUUCGUCACGCACUUCGUUAUCUCGAUGAUUUAUACGAUUUUGAAGAACGAAAGGUUCGAUGCUAUUCGACGAGGCGGAACAGUAUUUUUCUGCUGCGAAUAUCCGACUGGAUUUUACUUCCUCGAGAAUCGAAACGGAGGCGUGGUCAAAAUCGCUCCAAAAUUUACGAAGAAAGAAGGAGAUGAAAGAGUAUUAGAACUAUUUAUUGCAUACGAUGAUUAUUUUCGUUUUGCUAACAGAAUUUACCUAGUCGAGAAAACGCCAAAUGUUCGAUCGACGAUAAAAACGAAGAAAGGCCGCUCGAAGCGAUUCAACGAAAUGUGUUUGUCCUUUGUCACGUGGUUAACAAAAGUCGUAUUUCAACUGAUGCAGCCCUUUAAAUUGGACCAGGCUUGGUUCCCCGAGAGGUUGUUGAUGAUGUGCAGUUUGUUUCUAAGUUUGAUCCUUAAUGGGCUUAUCACUUCUCAGCUUGCCUCUAGUUUCAGUAAAAGAAUGUAUUACGAGAACAUCAAUACCUUGGAGCAGCUGAAAGAAAGCGGUCUCACGAUUUUAACCGACACCAGAGAUGUUCUCGACGACGCGUUGACUGACAUUACAUCGCCAAUAAUCAAAGAACUAAACGAUAGAUUAGAAUACGCGAACAAAUCGGAAGUGUAUAGAAGAUUAUUUAAAGCGAAGGAUGCUGGUUAUCUUCAUCGACUCGAGACACUGCCAUUUAAAUACAGCGCGGAAGAAAUGGAAAGUCUACACGUCGUCAGCGAAUGUCCGAAGGAAUACAUUCUCGCCAAUAUAAUUACAAAAGGAUCUCCAUAUGGUGGUCGUAUAAACAGCAUUCUCGCCCGGUUAAACAACGGCGGUUUCUAUGGAAAGUGGUAUCAGAGCAUAUACCAGUCGCAGAAACGGCCGACGCUGGUGUUGAAUGGCUCGACGAUGCAUAGGAAGAUCACGAUCCGGCAUUUAUUCAUCCCGUUUGGGAUACUGUACAUCGGACUGGCCAUGAGCAUAAUCGUAUUUAUCUACGAGUAUCAGCAGAACAACGUCCGAUAAUUUGCACGUCCUCCGCUCGGAGAAAUGCGUCCGAAAUCGUUGUACCUGGCUGGAAGUAAAAGGCGGCAACUGACGUGGAAAUCGUUCCGCCCUGCCCGCAUUCUGUUUUGCUCGAUGGCUAGAAUGAAACAAAUGGUGCGAAUGAAACGCGAAGAGUCCCGGCUGAAGGAGAUGUAUCAUCUUGUCUUUCCUUGUCUUCGAGAAGAAAGAACAUCCUUCCCGUUUACUUGACGCUUUGGCCAAUUUCUUACCGUUUAAGACGAUCGACGGGUUUACAUAUAUCAACAUCUACCUUUGUCAUUAUUUUGUCUUUUUUUCGCAGUGCAAAAGGAUACUUUAACGUUUUCGAUCUUAUCCAUUGUCCAAUAGAUUUUAACAAUUCAUUCAACGAUAGUUACCUUGUUUGAACAAUAGGAUUGUUGCAAAGAAUACGCAGGAGUCGAUAGAAGCAGAAUUGUUUCUGUUUUUUCUUUUUGUUUAUUCGUGCAUGAUUUUAUAUAGCGAAAUAUUUUCACGACUAGAAGUUUAUCUCUAGCUUCAUGAGACAACAAAAUUUUUGUCGUCAUAUCCAUAUUCGUCACAGGAUCAAAGGAACAUAGCGAGAAUUAUAUCGAACAUCGGUAUUGACAUUGACUGUCUGGCACUGGUUGUCCCAUUUUACUUCAAUUUCCACGCUACGCAACGCUUUCGGCAUUAUCUAUCCAUUUCCUGCUAUGAAGACGACUUUUCAAAAAAUUAAACGAACCACUCUGUUCCAUCUGCAAUCGAAUAGGCUUUAAUCUACUCGUAUCUCAAUGCUAUUUUGCGAAUAAUCUAUUCAAAAUUCUGAAAAUACCUUUUACAAAAAAGGUAUCACUUUCGUAAUAUCUUGGUUUCUCUUCGUGGAACUUAACGCUGGACUUUGCUUACAGAUUGCGAAGCUGAAAGUUAUCUUACUUUAGAGUUACUCUAAUAGGUCCUUGGGAUAAUUUCCACGAACGAACUGUGAGUGACACGACACGAUGCAAGUUCGAGUAUAGGACGUGGAGAAUUAAGUUUUACGUAAUUAUGCAACGAACGAGUUUAAGGAAAAGUAAGCUCUUUGAAGGGAUAAGACACGCAUCUAAGUUAAUCACUCCCACACCACGCUUAACUUCGUUCAACUUCUUAGUAUGCUGAUCAGCGAACCGCGAGCAGCCCGAUCGUUAGAGUUUCAAGAGUCUUUUGGAAUUUUUUACGAAGAAGCUAUACAAUUUUUCCGAUCGACAUUUUACAUGUAUAUUCUUUGAUGUUUCGGUAACCUGCACAAAUCUUUUAAAGAGAAAUAAUUAAAAUUGAGUGCGCUUUCGAAUGCAGUCGAUCGUUAGAAAAAUCAAUUUUGACAAAGAAAUACGAUAGAAUAUUCUGUUAAAGAUGAAGAUCGCUGGUAAGGAUUUUUGUCAUUCGAAAGAAUUAUCUUACAUAGAAUUCCCUUUGACGUUCUCUCGUUCUAAGUAUCUCUUUUGCGAAUAAAUUCUCUCGAUCGUUAAAAAUAUACUAAAUUCGGUCGUUUUCCCCCGUGACUCGUUCCACCUUCCUGAAAUUUUGAAAAAUGGAUCUAGAAGAGGAUUUUCCGAGUGUACAUAGUAGCAACAAACGAUGUACAAUUUAAGUAUCAAAAAGACGAGAAUAUCUGCAACGUCGAUAAAUGUACAUGUAUAGAAGUCUGAGAAGUAUAUCUAAGAAGUGUCUCUUACCUUCGUGUAAUUACGUAUAUGUUAAUUGAUCUGUUUGUCCGUGUUCAAACGUUUAACGAGCCGGUUUUCUUCUAUUUUCUAAUUUAACGUGGCAGAAUAUUGGCUAAGGAGAUCUCCCGGUAUAGUUCUUAAUCGUUGUUUGAACAAAGUAAAACGCUAUUCUAGGUUCAGAAGAUAGGGACGUGCUUCGUACUCGCCGAACACAAUCACAAUUUCAAACCACGACACGCAAUCUUCUUCGACAUAAUGCCCACAUUGCCACGAUCUCGUGAAUAGUAAUUUCAGCAACCAUCUUAUCUGCGAUGAAACGCGGUCACACGGUAAUUUCGUGAUGCUCAAAGGAUUAUGUCUAAAAUUUACCAGAACGUGAUAAUAACGCGGCGUGCAUUCGUUUGACGCCGUUCAAGCGUUAAUUUUCUCUUCUCUAAAGCAAAACAAUCGGUUUUGCGACAUAAUUGAGUCAGAUAGCACAAAAGUAUCCCUAUUCUAGCGACACCCUCUUCAUCGUUUUACGAUUAUAGUCGCAUUUCAUAUAGCCACUCGUCUGUAAAACGUUAAAACGAUUCCGAUCAAAUAACGAAUGAAAGAGUUUCUUUAUUCGUCCCAUUUUCAUCGUUAAACUAAUUAAUGUUUAUUCUCUAACGGAAUUAUCCGUUAAUGUACCUGCGUGUAAUAAAAUUUAUGAUAUUCUUUGUAAUGCAAACGCAUAUGUUUAUCAAUAAUAUUGAUUUACUGAAAUGUACAGAAAAGAAAAACAAA